CCAACCGUCACCAACGACACAAACACCCAAUCCUGCGCAGCUCCCCUCCGGCCACCUACCUUAUUCCACCUGCCUAACUGACUUCCACCUUGCCCCAGCUUGACCUCGCAUUCGGUCGUCUUGUCCACAUACUCCCAACAACUUCUUCCUUUCCCUCCAACAACUCACGCCUUUGCCUCUCCUCCACCCCUCCGAGCCAUUCUCAGGCCUUCCAGAGACCAAGCCGUCGUCAUAUACUAGGUACACAUUCAGACAUUGCCUGACUACCAAGCACCUCCAUCGAUCGCGCCGACGCUCCCGUAACACACGAGGUCAUGGCCGACAACGCAGAGGGCACUGCCGAUGCCCAGGUCACCUUCAAGGUGAAGACGGGCCAGGAUAGCAACCAUACUAUUACCAUGUCUGAAUCUGCCUCCGUACUCGACCUCAAGACCAAAUUGGCCGGCGAAGAUUUCGAGAACGUUCCCGUCGAGCGCCAGCGUCUUAUCUACUCUGGUCGCGUAAUGAAGAACGACGACACACUCGCCACCUACAAGAUCAAGCCCAACAACACCAUCCACAUGGUCAAGAGCGCAGCCAGCAACCCAGCUCCCCAGCCCGCAGCUUCAGCCUCCACGCCUGCCGCACCCGCCGUGCCCUCCAACAUGGCUGCUGGCACUGCCAACAACAUUCUCGCUGGACUCACCGGAGCCAGAUACGCCGGACACAUCAACCUGCCCAGUCGCGAGACAUUUGGAGCCGACGGAGGAAUGGGUGCCCCGCCAUCCGACGACCAGUUGGCCCAGAUGCUCUCCGAUCCCUCCAUGCUCCAGACCAUGAACGCCGCCCUCGACAACCCCGACUUCAUCAACUACAUGAUCCAGAGCAACCCACACCUGCGCAAUGUUCCUAACGCACGAGAGAUUAUCCAGUCGCCAUUCAUGCGCCAGAUGAUGACCAACCCAGACAUGCUUCGCAAUGUCAUGAGAAUGCAGCGCAACAUGGCCGGCGGAGGCGGCAACGCUGCCUUCCCUGCGCCUGGCGCCACCGACACUACUCCUGCCGAAGCUGCGGCUGCUGGCGGCAACACGGGUCAGCCCCCCAACCCGUUCGGCUUCCCCGCGGGUUUCCCAGGCUUUGGUGGCGGCGCUGGUGGAAUGGGCAUGGAGGGGCUCGGUGAUCUCAGCGCGCUCUUUGGCCCUGGUAGUCCGUUUGCGCCUCAGCAACCCGGUGCUCAAGGUGCAGCUCCCGGUGCGGCUGCGGCGACUGGCGAUAGUGCCCAGACUACAGCUGGUGCCGGAGCUACUGGAACGACAGGCGCGGCAGCGGGUGGACAGGGCGCAAACUCUACAACGAGUCCACCCCCGGCCAACCCCUUUGCUGCUCUGUUCGCCCCGCCUCCUUACGCAGCUCAGGGCCAAGCUCAGGGUCAAGGCCAAGGCCAGGCACCCGCAAAUCCCUUUGGCGCCUCCCCCUUUGGUCAGAUCAACCCAGAGAUGAUGCAACAGAUGAUGAGCAUGUGGGGUCUCGGUGCAGGCGGCGGUGCUGGUGGAGGCUCUCCGGCUCCGCCCGACAACCGUCCCCCUGAGGAGCGUUAUGCCGAGCAACUGCGCCAGCUCAACGAUAUGGGCUUUUUCGACUUUGAUAGGAACGUAGCCGCUCUGCGUCGCAGCGGUGGCAGCGUGCAAGGCGCGAUUGAGCAUCUUCUGAGUGGUUGAUUAUGACUUGAAAUACAUGACCGUGGGGUAGAGAGAGAGGAAGAGAGAGAGCAGAGUAGUAGCAGGAAGCGUCUCAAGAGGACGCAUGACUUAAUGGCCUGUGAACAGGAUACGGAGGGAAGUACAUACCACACCUAGUUGUCACGCACUUUGGUUCUGGCAGUUUCCGAGGCGAUAUGGAAAUUAACCAGGCAUGAUGUUUAUGAAAGUUCACAACCCAACAUCUUGAAUCCUCUCGUGACUAAGGAGAC